UGUGUGGCAGCUUUACCUGCAGUAGAAGUUUUAUUGCCAUAAAAUAGUUAAUGAGGGUUGGAUUGAUUCAGAUGGAGCACUACUGAAGGCCUAGGUGUGAAAUGCACGGCCCGUCACUGUAUUCUAUAAAUAUAACACCUAUAGAAUAUUUACAUUUAAAGUAAUGUAUACAACGCAAAACACAUAAGUAAAAGGUAGUUAGAGGAUUCUGGUACAACCUCUGUAAAAGUUUUGAUUUUUUGUGUUUUAUUUUCAUUUUAGGAUGUUUGUUGCACCACCUCUAUUUGAACAGUAGAUGGCGCCAAAAACAAACUCUCAAGAUUGUCUUCUAAGUUCUCGACUUUCUAAAGUUUUCUUUUAUCAGUUUUUAACUUUUUCCUUCUUUAUACUCUUAUUUCAUUAUAUUAAUUCAGAAGCUUCCAUUAUGCUUUUAUUUUGAAAAGAAUGGAAUAAAAUGAUUUAUUGCAGUCAUUUUCACAUGUACAACGACAUUUAUUUUUUCUGACAUUAAAGUCAACAAUUUCUUCUUGUUUUUUUUAUUUAAUUUUUUUAUUUCAUUUUUCAAAGUUAAUUUCCUGCCUAUCUUUAAAAAAAAUCGUAACUAUUUAUCUCGUCAUUCUUCCUCGUUUAUUCUGUCCAUCCUCCUGGACUUGUCAGCACCUGACCGUGCGUGCGCGCGCGCGAUGCAGAUAAAAGGAGCUGCAGCCUGAACCGGAGCAUCAGCAGCUCCGCUUCUCUGAGCUGCAGAGGAUCUGCAGGACAAACAAGAACAUUUUGUUUCAAAAAGUUUUUAAUAAAUAUUUUUCCAUAAACAUCCGGAUCACAGGAGCGGAGGCGUUUUUCUGGACUCCUGCAUCCUCCCAGGAAAAAGGAUUGGUGAGGAUGAGUUAAAAGAAACUAAAGUGAUUUAAUCUAAAAACAAAUUCUGCGAGGAAAAGAUAAUAAACUGAGGAGCGGAUGCACUUUAUUGACACAAAUCUGCUGAUAAAGUUGUGAAAUGGUGACAGAGGAGCAGCAGGAGUAGAAGAAGAACCGACUCCUCCGAUCUGCGGCUGAAUCCACAGCAGCGUCCGGCAUGCGCCUCCUCGCGCUCCUCGGCGCCGUCCUCCUCGCGCGCUCGGCACGCGGCGCGGCCUCCGCGCGCCUGGAGCGCUGGGUGCGCGCGGGUCUGCAGUCGCUGCAGUGGGAGCAGUUGGAUCGCUGCCUCCGCCGCUCGUCCGCGUCCGAGGCGGAGUGCCGGCGGCUCGCCUACCUGCCGCCGUCCUCCGUGGCCGUGUACGCGUCGGAGCCGCGCGCCGCGGCAGGUCCUUCUGACAGAGUUCUGGCCGUCCUGCCGGACUCCUCUGGGAUGCUGGGCUCGGAGCUGCAGUCGGGCCUCGGCGCCGGACGAACGCUGAACCGCCGGGAGGGUCUGCCCCGGUACCAGAGACCCCCACACGCCUCUGCGGCUCACGACGCCGUCCUGGUGCUGGACCCCAGCCCAGAGGAGAACUUUGGGCAUCCUUUGAUUCUUUUCUACGUGGAUGUGAAUGUGACGAAGAAGAGAUGCUCCCACAUGGAUGGGAUUUACCUCGGUGUGGAGUGUUUGACGCUGGCUCUGAAGGGCCGCUGUCAGAACCAGCUGAAGCGCCGGCAGACCGGACCAGAGAGGUUUCUAGGUAACGGCCGUCUGACGGGCGGGGGGCGUGGCGGCCCAAGCGGCAGCCGUCUGCUGGAGCAGGCCAUCGGGGGGGUUUGUGAGGUCCACUUCCUGCCCCUGGUGGCUGCCGUUGGAGACAACAACCGCACUCAGAGGCUGCGGUGUGUCGAACACGCAGAGUUCGCCAGGUGUCCUCAGCUGCUGCCCGUGACUUCCUCCAGUCCUCCGGUUUCCAGCUGCGAGUUGAACAAAAACACCCGACGAUGUCACCAGCAGCCGCUCGCCACUCACCUGUCCUGCCGCCUCUACCAGACCUGCGAUCACGCAGUUCUGCUCUCAGGGGGCUGGCAGCAGCAGUUCACGUUCCAGCAGCACGCUCAGAAUCUUCUGGAGUUCUACAGGAUGCUGCGGAACAACGGCUUCCAUAAAGAUCACAUCAAGACAUUCUUUGCGGGCAGCGGUCAACUUCCUGAGGACGUAGAGGGCGUGUACUCAGCAACGGAGAAGGCCGUCAUCCGUAACCACGUGUCGUACAUCUGCAGGAAGCAGCAUUGUGCUGACACGCUGGUUCUGUACCUGAACUCGCCAACACGCAAUGAUGGCGCCAUGCUACUCUGGGACGCCAAUCUGAAUGGCAUUGCUGAUCUGAAGGAGCGAUACUCGGUUAACGAGCUGCUAACGGACCUGGCUGGCUGCAAGGCCACUCGAGUUCUUCUUUUCGUGGAUCAAAGCUACAGCGGCGUCUUGUCCAAGAGACUCAGAGGCUCCCAGAAACACUUCAAUGUGGUUCUCAUCCAGAGUCCAGUCCGGCAGACGUACCCCUUCCAGACUCAGAGGCUGAACCAGGCCUGGGAUGAAAACAACUGGUCCUUCAUAAGUCCAACCACCUGCCUUCUGGAUCACCUCUCAAAGGGUGGGGGAACAUCUCACCUCUUUGAGCCAUGGACCGGCCUCCUGAAUGUGACUUUGGCAGGGGCGCCCUGCAACGCCACUCCCCCUUUGACGGACAGUGAGCUACGGCGGGAAUACCAGGGCUGCCAGAACCUACCAACUGCCCUCUGGCACCAGAAACCCCGAAGGAGCCACUGAACAACCAGCAAAGACUCUUAUUGCUGCUGAACCGACAAGGGAGGAAGUCAUAGACACUCGCGCACAUGCAUUUCCACUUCAAGAGUUCAGUCUCCAUGUGUGUUGAUGACAUAACACCGAUGUGAUGGCAGCUCGUCCCAGCAGAGCAUCCAGAGCACCGUGUGAUCUGAGUGUGUCUGGGAGUUCAGCUGGAGGACACUCCUGAAGGCGGGCCCUCGCUUCAGCUUAGCCGUGUGUGUUGGUGUGUUUAGACACGUCUCUUGGGCACUUUAACAUCUCAGAUCCAACCGUUCAUCUCUAUUUUUGUCUUCCCACCACUGUCCUCUCUUGAUCCCGUCUGUGUCUCCACUCCUUCACUGGCAUCUUUCUGUUGUUAAAUCAAACUGAUGUUGGUUUUGGCUUGUUGCAGUCAACUUUCAACCAUAAACCCAGUAAAGAAGCAACAAGAGCAACCACAGCUUACUCCCGUUGUUGGUCCCUUCAUCUCCUAUCCACUUUUUUAUUUUAAGAGGAGAAAAUGAAAAUGCCCAACAACAGAUCGAAGGUAUCAAACUAUUGAGUUAAAAUUUAAAAAUUUCACAUAAAUCAAUAAUAUUCCAACAUCCAAUAACUCCACCUGAUUGUAAAUAUGUAGGAAAUGCGGUCUGGUCAGCAUAUUCCCAAAAGAAUCCCUGGUCAGUUGACAUAUAUUAUCUGCAACAACAUUUCUGCUUGUUUUCCAGGUAAUCAGCCAGCUGGGAUAUUUGGAAAACAUGCUAAAGUUUCACCAUCAAUGCAUCUGGAAGAUAUUCUGACACAAUUUCCAAACCUCAGUCAGCUUCUCUCAAUGUGAAAGACCAGCAGCUUUACCUCCUUAAAGGAAAACAAAGCUACUCCGUGAUGGAACCUGAGUCCAAGUUUAUGUUCCCAAACAUAUUCCUCAUAGCUACAGAACAUAAGGGAGCAUAUGAAUGCAAAUCUGUAAGUGAAAGUUUUUCUUUCUGACUCAAAACUGGUAAUAAGUUUGAUCAACUAUGGACUCGUCCAUCUGAAAACUUUAUGUCCCAGCAUCCCUCACCCUCACUCUCUAAAUUUCCUCCACUCCACCACUUGAAGGAUGGAUUCUUUUCCAACCAAGAAGACAGAACGGCAUUCAGUCUCAUUUUCUGAGAGGCCAGUCUUUAUCUAAGCAGCUUAACACCUAACUACAAACCCAAAGCCAGGGAGGUCUGAUGAAGCCAUUGGGUCUGCAAGGUUAGCAAAAACCAGGAAGUGAUGAAAGAAGCCAACCCUCGUGAAGGGUUUACACAGCAGCGUCACGUCAUUAACUGCUCUGUUUUAAUCUGACACCUAAAGGUUACCUUUCCUCAAGUUUAGCUUCAGGGGUUAGUUCAGCUAAAAAGCUUACCCCAGAUCAGCAAUGUUUGGUCACAUGAUUUUAGAAGUCAAUACGAAAGGACGUUUCAGAGUCAGAAAAGUUAUGUAGUUGUCAAGUAUUAUUACCACUCCAUGUUGAGGGAAGGAAAUGUUUUAUUUUACAUUUAGUUCUUCAUUGAAUGUUUCAGCAAACUUUAUAUUAUGGGGCUUGAAAACAAACAACUUAAACUCAAACCUCUCGAAACUGAAAAAGUUCUUCACAUCCGAUUAAGUAAUUCCAACCCUAUCCUGGAGUUCUAUUGGAAGUGACACCAGUCCUUUGGCAAAAAAAAUAAUUGUGGAUGGACCUUAACUCACAAUUUAGAGUGUAUAAAACUGGAGAUUGGAAAGUUUUCCAGCUGGAAAAAUGGUUUUUAAAUGGUAAAAAUGAAAAGAAGCACAUUUUGGUUGAGUUGUGUUACACUUGGAUAUUUUAUUGUAACAUAUGCUGCCACUUCAUGUAUUAACUUUAGGUUAUCUAGUCAGGUUGCAAUCUGGUUAAGAUGGAAAAAAACACCUGAAACAUUAAGAUGUGUCAGAUAUUUAUGAGUAUUUUAGCUAAAAUUUUAGUUAAAACAAAUAAAUUUGAAAUAUUUUUCCAGACAGUCAGUGGUUUAUAAUGUCAAACUCCACGAAAAUUAUACAACUGAACCAAUUUGGUACAAGAUUUUGUCGACUUUUCACCACUUUGUUUUGUAAAAACCCAAUAAAGUGGACUUAAUGCUGAACUGUUGUUUAGAAAUUUAGACAUUUUUCCACUAAAAGAAGUUUUUCUGUGACAUGUUAACAUUAGAUAUAAGUGUGCCAAAUGACGUCUUGACACCUGUGAUCAGUAUUCUUCACAGUCAUAAACUCCGCCCACUUUCCCACCCUGCCCGGUGUUGUUCAGAUGUGUUGGAUUUCAUUAGAGGUUUGUUUACUCAGUAAUUUUCAAAUGUGUCACAGUUGAUGUAACAACCUGUAUGAAGUGAAACCUGUAAAUUAGCUGAAAUGUUCUGAGGUGCAUGCUGUCAAUCACUAAAUAUAUCCAAUAAAGUGCUUUUAGAAUCCA